AUGGUGAAGUGGGUGCCCGUCAGCCGAGACGAGGGCGCUGAGGAAAAGCCCGCGGAGGACAAGUCCAAGAAGGCGAGGCCGGACAAGGGGCAGAAGGGCGGCAAGGACAAGGAAAAGGACAAGGGCUCGGGCAAAGACAAGGACCAGGGCAAGGACAAGGGCAACGACAAGGGCAAGGGCUCGGGCAAGGGCAAGGACACGGGCAAGGGCAAGGACGAGCUCGCCGGCAAGGGCAAGGGCGAGGACAAAGGCAAGAGCAAAGGCAAGGACAAAGGUAAGGACAAGGCAGACGGCAAAGGCAAGGGCGACGGCUGGGGCAAGGGCGACGGCUGGGGCAAGGACGACGGCUGGGGCAAGGGCGAGAGUGAUUACUGGGGCGGCAAGAGGGGCUGGAAGGGCGACGAGAGUGGAGCCGCCAAAAGAGAGGAGGACGCGCCCUGGUGGAAGGACGGCAAAGGCCGGGGCAAGGACAGCGGCAAGGACGGUGGCAAGGACAAGGGUAAGGACAAGGAUAAGGACAAGGGCAAGGACAAGGGCAAGGGCAAGAGCAAGGCGGAGCCAGUCCCCAGCGCGAUGAAGACUGUCCAAGAGUUCGAGGACGAGCUCGCGCGGAGCGCGGCCGGAGCCGCACCGACCCGCCAACGCCGCGGCGACGGGUCCAAGCAGCCGGUGGACGGCAAGGGCGCGCACUGCGUGGUCCACAAGCACAGCGGCAUGGGCUGUGCCGUGGUCUUCCUCUCCGUGCGGGCGAGGGAGGCCGUGAUGGCUCAUCCGAGAGGGCAAGUCCGGGAGUAA